AAAGGAAAUCAGCUGCCUACCUUCCUCUCUGCACCGGUGCAAAGCCCAGCAGAGCUCUGGAAGACUGUACUCCUGCAGACGGGCCUCGUAUGAAGGUGCACAAAAAUUAGACUGUAAUGGAGAGUUACGUCACACAGAUUUCCAGAGAGGACCUGGAAGAUCUCAGAGAGGCCCUUUUGGCCAAAAUUGAUAUUGAUAACAGUGGCUAUGUAAGUGACUUUGAGCUUCAGGAUCUCUUCAGAGAGGUAAGCUUACACCUUCCUGGGUACCAAGUGCGAGAGAUCGCUGAGACCUUCAUUGCUGGAGACACAAACAAAGAUGAGAAGAUCAGCUUUGAGGAGUUUGUCUCUAUCUACCAACAGCUGAAGAGUAAGAAGUUGAGUGAGACUUUCAGGAAAAGCAUCUCAAGGAGAGAGGGGGUCCGCUCUUUCGGAGGCACAUCGAAAAUGUCAAGCGAAGGGACCCAACACUCUUACUCUGAUGGUGAAAAAGUGGCUUUCACUAACUGGAUCAACAAAUCUUUAAUGAAAGAUCCAGACUGCCGACAUCUGCUGCCCUUGAACCCUGACAAUGACAGUCUGUUCACCUCCGUCCGCGAUGGCAUCCUGUUAUGUAAAAUAAUAAACCUGUCUCAGCCUGACACAAUUGAUGAACGAGUCAUCAACAAAGGGAAUAUUACCACCUUCAAAAUGACAGAGAAUCUGGUCUUGGCUUUGAACUCAGCAUCAGCAAUCGGCUGCAGAGUGGUGAGCGUUGAUGUCCAUGAUCUGAUGGCUGGAAAACCUCAUCUGGUCCUGGGACUGGUUUGGCAGAUUAUCAAAGCCGGACUCUUUGCUGAUAUAAAACUUAGCAGGACUGAAGGUUUGAUGAACCUUCUUACAGAUGGAGAACAGUUGGAGCAUCUGAUGGAUCUCUCCCCUGAAGAGCUGCUCCUCCGUUGGGUUAACUAUCAUCUACGCAAUGCAGGAACGCAAACAAUCAGCAACUUCAGCGAUGAUAUUAAGGACUCACAAGCAUACUUCUACCUGUUGGACCAAAUCACUUCCAACGAGAUGCAAGAAUUCAGAUCAAAUGUCAAAAUAGACAUGAGCGGUCUCAGUGAGAGGAAUUUGGUAAGAAGGGCAGAGUUGAUGCUGCAGCAGGCUGCCAAGCUGGACUGCAGGCAGUUUGUUUCUCCUAAUGACGUCACAUCUGGAAACAGCAAACUCAACUUUGCCUUCGUGGCCAACCUGUUCAACAUGCAUCCUGGUCUGCUGAGAGCUAAUAUGAACGGAAGCUUCACGGAGACACAAAUAAAGGAGGAAACCAGAGAAGAAAAAACAUUUCGCAACUGGAUGAACUCUCUGGGUGUCUCUCCAUAUGUAAAUCACCUUUACCGUGAUCUGCGUGAUGGCUUGGGGAUUUUGCAGCUUCUUGAAAAAGUUAAAGUGGCUGUGCUCUGGAAGAAAGUCAACAAUCCACCAUUCCCUUUUCUGGGGGGAAAUAUGAAGAAGCUGGAAAACUGUAACUAUGCUGUACAGCUGAGCAGGGAUGUGGCUCAGUUUUCACUUGUUGGAGUUGGAGGAGAAAACAUAAAUGAAGGAAGUCCUGUGCAUACCCUAGCACUUGUCUGGCAGCUGAUGAGGAGAUACACAAUUAUGGUUUUGUCUGAUUUGGGUGAUGGGGAGAAGAUCAAAGAUCAGAUCAUCCUGGACUGGGUCAACAGCACCCUGAGCCAGAAACGAAAAGGCAUACGGAUCAGCAGUUUCAAGGACAAACAGAUCAGCACCAGUCUCCCAGUGAUUGAACUGAUUGACGUCAUCGCUCCUGGCACAGUCAAGUGGGAAAUGGUGACGAAAGUGGAGAGAGGAAAGCUGAUGGAUGAGGAUAAACUCAACAAUGCCAAAUAUACAAUCUCAUUGGCCCGAAAGAUCGGAGCUCGUGUUUAUGCCCUGCCUGAUGAUCUGGUGGAGGUAAAUCCUAAGAUGGUGCUGACGAUUUUUGCCUCCCUCAUGGGAUACGGCUUGAAAAAGGUCAACUACUGAACAAGAUGCUACAGGAAGCAAACAACUUUCUCUUUGACCUUAACGCUAACGGAACAAAACAAUCUGCCAUUCUUUGUUAUGCUUCUAACAGUAAGCCUUAUUUACAGCUGUUAACCUUUUCUCAUCUGCAAAGCCACUGCAUUUGUUUGUUGUCUAUGAUUUUAUCAAACCUAAAAAUUAUCUACUUUAUAUUUAACAGUAUAUUACUAUUCUGCUGUAUUUACUUUCUCUGUAAAAUUCUGGCGAUACAGCAGAGAAAAAAACUGAAUCAAACACUCAAGUGUCCUCUCAUAAUGUCUAUGAAUGUUGUGCUUUAAAAAUUGCAAUUUAAUUAUUAAAAAAACCCAUUAAAUGUCUAAACAGUCAUACAUGUGUCGUCUCUGAAAAGA